AUGAAUGUUCUUGGUAUAGCAGCUAGGUUACCUACCAGCAGGCUUAUAAUAUCUCCCUUAUAUUCCCCAUUCAAAGCAUCACCAUCAUCUCAUAUAAUACAACAAACCAAAUCAUUCUCAUCAUCAUUAAUUAAUCAAGUUCGUAAAGGUAAUGAUAAAUAUUAUAAGAUCUUAAAGUAUGUCAAACCAAUUGAUAGUACUGUUUAUCAGGCUGGACAAGAGAUUCCUCGUGGAUUUAAAGUUCCUGGUCAAAAGAAAUUAGUACCUGAUUAUGAAUAUGAAACGAUGUAUUUCAAACGUCAAAAUAGAGGAUUAUUCGGAGGUUUACAAAGAAAGAGAUCAAAGAAUUGUAGUGAAGCAAAGAAUAAAACUUUAAGAUUUCAUUUACCUAAUGUUCAAAAAUCAAAAUUAUGGUCUGAGACUUUAAAUAAAGCAAUUCAAGUUAAAGUUACUACAAAAGUGUUAAAGACUAUUACUAAAGAAGGUGGGUUAGAUAAAUAUCUUUUAAAGGAUAAACCAGCUAGAACCAAAACCCUUGGAUUAUUAGGAUGGAAAUUAAGAUAUGAAGUGUUGAAGAAACAAGAAUUCAAUCAAUUACCAGUUAUAAAUAAUCAACAAGUGUUUUAUAUUCAUAAAGAUGGUAAACAAUUCACAGUGGGGAAAUAUAAAUUAUUAAAUGAAUUAUAUCCUUUAGUUCAAAGAGAUUCAUAUUAUCCCAUUGGACCGGUUGAAUUUAAAAGAAAUCAUAAUUAUUUAACCAUUGAAGAAGUUGUAAAUAAAUUAGAAGAAUAUUCCUUUGACUUUUCCAAAGUUACAGUAGCAUAA